UGAAGAAAGCAGACAUGGUGGAUAAGAACAUGAGCGAUCAGAUGCGGGCGGAGAGAGACACUCUGGCCCUCAGUAAAAGCCCCUUCAUCAUGCAGCUCUAUUACUCCCUGCAGACGGCCACCAAGGUUUAUUUGCUGUGUGAGGACAUGAAAACCAAGACAUCCAUGGCUGGAGGGACGUCAGAGGUCCGUGUGAAGAAAGAGGAGACACUGGAGCUGAAAAUCUACAACCAUAGAGAUGACCUCGACAACCCACCUGAAGGUCUCUCUGUUAAAGUGGAAGAUCCUGACAAUAAAGACUACCUCUACUGUGAAUUUUGCAAAUCCUUCUUCCUCAACAAAUGUGAGGUUCAUGGACCGCCCCUCUUCAUCCCAGAUACUUCUGUUCCCAUGGGAGUCCCUGACCGAGCCAGACAAACUCUUCCUCCUGGGCUAGAAAUCCAGAAGUCCAGUAUUCCUGAUGCAGGCCUGGGAGUGUUUAAUAAGGGGCAGACUGUUCCAGUAGGUGCACACAUCGGCCCCUGCCAGGGAGAGCUGGUGAACAGAGAGGAAGCCAGGAACAGUGGAGACUCCUCGGUUAAGUAAAGAAGACUUUGCUGCAGGUCUUUUCCUGCUCCACAUGUCCUCGUUCCUAUGCAUCUCAAAUUUACCUUGACAAACACAUCCAGAGAUGCCACUAUGAAGAGUAUGUGAGACUGCAGGAAUCAAGAGAGAUUAAAUAUGAGCUUCAGAUCCCCUCCAAAUGCUCCAGUAGUCAGCCAACAUCAUCUGAUGCUCUCAGUUUUGACACUUCUCAUAAUGAUAUACAGAAGGAAAUUCACCACUGCUCAGACUGUGGAAAGAGUUUUGGUCAUCAGAAUGUACUCAAGACACACCAGUGCAGUCACACAGGAGAGAAGCCGUAUCACUGCUCACA